GUUUUUUCUUUAGCGUUUAAUGUUGAGUUUGGCAUUCUUUACCAUACUUUAAUUUUUUUUCAAAUUCUUGUACCAUAUUUUAACAAAAUGCAACGCUGGUUCUUUUUAGAAGAUAAACGAGCUCCAAAAUACCGGAAACCAAAACCAAUGUCCGGUAAUCAAUUAGAAUCCGGAGCUCAAGUAGCAUCGCAACAAUGGCUAUUUACGGUAGCUGUGCCAACUAUCGAGCCCAAAGAAAAAGUAUUUAUUACGGGAAGUAUUCCAGAACUUGGCGAGUGGGAUCCCAGCAAGAUAGUUAUUCUUGAUCAUAAAGAAAACACAGAUUUAUGGUCUAAAACUGUAACUAUACCUAACACUUGUGAUGUGCUGUAUCGCUACGGUAAAUGUAUUGUUGGUAAUGAUGCAGAUGCAAAUAGUGUCAUAAUUAGGCAAUGGGAAAUUCAUAUACAACCUCGAGUUAUCAAAGAAACUGUCCUGCAUCCUUUUGUGGAUACAUAUGGUGAAUCUGAAGGUAAACAAAAUGUGUCUGCUGGUUGGCUCACAACUCAGACAUUACUGCAGUUUAAGUUCAUGAAUAAUCCUUUAAAGUUGAAGGGCCGCUUGGCUGAAAAGAUUUUGAAUAUUAAAGUGACUCCAGUGAAGUUAUCAUUUGAGACAACAGUUUUAGAAGAGACAUCCCUUAGUACAGAUGGAACUGAUCUUGAUUUGCCUACCGGAGUGCUAGUAGAUGUCUCUACACUGGAUAAUGAUCCAUCUGUUUGUGUCCUGAAGACACAAGAACAGUUUGGAAGACAAUUUAAACCCAGUGAUGUGCUGAUUAUUAAUAUCACAGCUCCAGAUGUGAAAGCUCUUGCAUAUCUAGUUGAUUUUUAUGCAUACAGCAGUCGUGCUGGGUCUGAGGAUCCUCCAUGCCAUGUGGGCUACACAUAUAUACUGCCGAACAUGUUCAAACCAUCAGAGGGCUCCUUACAGCUGCCUGUUACAUGCAAUGUGAAACAUCGCCCUUUAGGGUAGCAUACAUUGAUUAUUUGAUUGUGAAGCCUAUGCCACAACCAUUGUGUAAUUUACAAGUAACACAUGCAAAAUAUUGGAAUCCAUCUUGGACUGGUCUAGAAGUUGGACAUCGAGGUUUAGGUGCUAGUUUUAAAAAAAAA